CUAUUAUCUAUAUCGUGUAAUUUUCUAUUAGUUCGAGUAAAGAAGAAAGAAAACUAAUAAGUUCCCUCAAUAUCGUUAUUCUUUCAUAACCACCCACUGAACGAGAUUAUUAUUACUCGUUUUCAUUCAUUUUUUCUCUCAAAUCGACAAUCGAAAUCGCGUUGCCUAGGUACGGAUAGCUGCGUACGCAACCAAUUUGUUUACACAACUAUAAACAAAAAAAAAAAAAAAAAUCGUUUUCCCGAUCAGUAAAGUGAAUCUGAUAUCGGUAUCACCACGCCACUAGCUUCGCUACUUUGUUACAGUCACUCAUCAUCGAUCCAGUGGUCAUUUACAUCGGUAAAAUAAUCACAAACAGUACGUUUCCUUUGCGUUCUGGAAUCGAUUAUAUAUUUUAUUGCCGAUUUGAUCACUCUACGUCCGUCCGAUAUCUUUUGACGUUCGCUAUUGAUUUGUCGACCGACUGCCACAAACCGCCGCACCGACUUUAGAUUGUUGUUAUUAUUAUAGGUUACAAUAAGUCAGAAUAAAGAUGCCAGCUACAAACCGAAAAAAGUCUGGAGGAAACAAAUUUGAGUUUAGUGAAAAACAGCUGGCUGAUAUAAAAGAAGCUUUUGAAUUGUUUAAUGUAGAUGGAUCUGGGUCAAUCGAAACCAAAGAGUUAAAGGUAGCCAUGAGGGCUUUGGGAUUUGAACCAAAAAAAGAAGAAAUCAAACGUAUGUUGCUUAAUAUAAAUAAACAACAUGCUGGUGUCAUAACGUAUGAUGAUUUUGUUACUUUGAUGUCGAUAAAAAUGACAGAUAAAGAUUCAAGAGAAGAAAUUAUUAAAGCAUUUAAACUGUUUGAUGAUAAUUGUACAGGAAAAAUAACAUUUUCCAAUCUAAAACGUAUAGCUCAAGAAUUAGGCGAGAAUAUUGCUGAUGAAGAACUUCAGGAAAUGAUAGACGAAGCAGAUAAAGAUGGUGAUGGUGAAGUCAGCCAAGAAGAAUUCCUACAAAUUAUGAAGAAAACCAAUUUAUAUUAAAUACAUAUUUCAUCCCUGUUCUAUCAAAAACAUUAUUUAUUUGUGUGUACACUAUUUUGUAAUAACAUUUCACAAUUACCAUUUAAAUUAACACCUAAUAUUUUGUAAAUGCCUAUUUCCUUCAUACAUUAUUAACAGCAUUUCCCUUAAAAAAAUUAAGGUACCUGAUAAUUAAUAUACAAAUAAAAACAGAAAAUAAAAUUUUUUUUU